AUGGCCGACAGCAGUUCAGCCAUCACCCUCGACAUCUUCAGAGGUACACCUGAAGGAGAGUUGGCUGUUGAAACGACGACUCGCGUUCUUGGCUAUGGCGAGGUAUACAUUGAAACAACCCACUCAGGACUGUGCGGCACCGAUCUUCACUACCUGAGGCGCGGGCGCAUUAUCGGCCAUGAAGGUGUGGGAGUUGUAAGACAGCUCGGCCCUGGUGUGUCAACAGACAUUAAGGUUGGAGACCGCGUCGGAUUCGGCUAUACACACAAGGUCUGCGGCACCUGUGAAUGCUGCUUGAGUGGGAGGGAUCAGUACUGUACUUCACGCGUUGACUUUAACAGAAACGCUGACAAGAUGGGUACUAUUUCUUCGGGUGUGAUCUGGUCAGCCAACAUGGUCUUUCCGAUCCCAGACGGAUAUGACUCUGCUGAUGCAGCGCCGCUUCUAUGUGCAGGCUCUACAGUCUUCACUGUCUUGACCGGCCCUGAUGUCAAAUCGACGGAUCGCAUUGGUAUCAUGGGUAUCGGUGGCCUAGGUCACUUAGCCAUCAAACUUGCUGCAGCUAUGGGUCACGAAGUCGUAGUUCUAUCAACUUCUGAAUCAAAACGACAGGAAGCACUUGACUAUGGAGCGACAGAAUUUUACGUCUACGAUUCAGAGAAGCCUGCUCCACCUGGCUUUAGACCCUUGAACCAUUUAUUGCUAUGCGGAAAUACUGGAAGCAAAAACUUUAACAAUCUGAUUGAACUCUUGGCCGUUCAUGGCACAAUAUAUCCAUUGACUGUUUCUGCGGAGAAUACCCCCAUUGAUCUUGGAGAGUUGACGGGUCUAGGAGCUUCCAUCAGAGGAUCACUGACAGCUUCGCGCCGCACUAUUUGUGAAUUGCUUCGAUUUGCUUCUCGGCAUGGAAUCAAGCCAACAGUUAUGACUUUCCCGAUGACGGAGGAUGGAGUCAAAGAGGCCAUUGAUACGUUAAAAAGUGGAAAGAUGAGAUACCGAGGAGUGCUGGUCCGAUAG